UUGAAUCAAGCAAGGAUAGAAAUUCCUCUCACCUCUAACGGCUUGAGACGGAAGCAGAGGAGGCGAGGCUGCCGCAACCGGCCGAAACACUUCCCGGUUUCCUCAGACGUGUGCUUCACGGCCUGACAAUGGCUGACAGGCAACUAAGCUGGAACCUGAUUGGUCCGUUGUUGGUUUGCGCGCGGUGGCAAGCCUAGAACAAAAGGACUGGCUGUGUAUAUUGGCGUUUUAAACGCAUUGGCAAAUUCUACAGGACUGCAAUUGAUAAGAGGGGUUAGACAGAAACUGUCGUGGUGGCUAGCUGCAACCGUUCGCAACUUUUGGCACCGAGUUUUGCUUGGCGCCUUCAGUCAGACUCGAUGCUCAACAAUCUCCAUGGAGCAACCGUUCCCUUAGUGGCAAAAGAAGACAGUUCGGGUGAUGUAUUGAAGCCGAAUGGUGGAGUCGAUCCGACGCAAGUAAGUCAUGGAGGAACCAUCCAGAAUUUGGACAACACUUCGCAUUCAGGUGGUCCUUCCGGAAGCGAUGGAGAGAAACCUGUCAAACAAAAACGUCAUAGAACAAGGUUCACACCGGCUCAGCUUCAGGAAUUGGAAAGGAGUUUUGCCAAGACCCAUUAUCCUGACAUCUUUAUGAGAGAAGAACUAGCCAUGCGCAUUGGACUCACUGAAUCUCGAGUUCAGGUUUGGUUCCAAAAUCGAAGAGCCAAAUGGAAGAAACGAAAGAAGACGACAAACGUCUUCAGGAGCCCUGGUGCCCUUUUGCCAUCACACAGUUUGCCACCAUUCGGAUCGAUGAGUGACGGAUUUUGUUCCUUCGCCGCACCAGAUACUCGUUGGUCCAUGACAGCUGGCAUGUCCCAAAUGGGAAAUCCGGGACUUCCAUUGGGUCCUACACUAUCCCGCCAACCGACUCUGGGACAAGCAUUAUCUGGUCCUUCGGCAGCGGCUGCUAUAGGAGGCAUGAACCAAGUGUCAUCCCCAUUGUCUCCCAAUUCUCUCCCCUCCAUCACGACGAGCGCCUGUUCUUCGGCCGUCUAUCAGCCACCUUACGGUGGUCUCAACACGCUCAAUACGCACGCGGGCGUGGCACCACCCCCGGGUUUGGCACCCGUUACAGCAGCUGGUAUGCAGACGGCAACUGCCUCAAGUCCGCCCAAUUCGGGCUCGUCCUCACCCCCGCAACUCGCCGGUGCCUGUAGUAUGGGCAUGGGCCACGCAGGAACGGCUGAUACGUGCGAUAUGUGGAGAGGAUCAAGCAUAGCAUCCCUACGAAGGAAAGCACUCGAACAUACAGCUUCUAUGUCCGUCUUUAGGUGAAUAAUAAUUCUUGUGAAGAAAUGUGAUGCCAAUUUAUGUCCUGGACUCCAUUCCUCUGUUUUAUUUUGUAUAGCAGCCAAUAUACAAUUUAAAAUAUCCGUAGAAAAUAUCCAAAAAAACAAAAAUGUUCCAAGAAUCGAUUCUAGGAACCUUGAUUUUUUUAGUAAAGAAAGUCGCACUCGGCUUCAAAAAAAAAAAAAAUACACAAAAAUAGACAAAAAUAUAGUAAGACAGAGGAACCAAUUUCAUCUCGUGUUUCUAAAUUGAUCAUUUUUCUAAGUACAUAUUUCAUUUUCUUUCUUUAACGUCAAUUUGUUUACAUUCGAAUCAAGAACAAUGCUUUUUGCCUAUCAACAGUUUACAAAUAAUUCCAUCCGAACUCAACCUGAAGA